CUUUUUACAAAACACCAAAAACAAACAACCAAAAUGUUUGCCAAGUUCACCGCCGUCCUCGCCGCCGCCUCGGCUACUCUGGUCUCUGCCAGCCCCAUUGCUCCCCGUGGCUCUUCUGGCUCUGCCAGCGUCACUCCCCACGACCAGUACUCCAGCAGCAUUGGUGUCCUGGGAUGCAAGAUCAACACCAACCGUGUUGCCUACUGGCCCGGUAGCGUCGACUGCAACAACAUCUGCGUCAAGGUCUCCAACGAGGGACGCUCCGUCUACCUCCUCAAGAUCGACUCCUCCGGUGGUGCCCACGACAUCUCCUACGAUGCCUGGAACUACCUCGGCUUCGGCAAGUCUGCCACCGCGGACCCUCAGAUGGGCGGUGGCAUUGCCAUGAACUACGAGUAUGUCGAUGCUUCCAAGUGCAAGGACCUCAUGGACGACGGAAAGCUGCCCCUCGCCGCCGCCAACAGCAUGAACUACGUCGCCUCCUGCCUCAGCGAGCCCAAGAGCUGGGUCGCCCAGAACUACGCCCUCUACAACAUCAACGACCCCGUUUGCAAGCACGGUGUCGAUGAGAAGUGCCACCUCAACCUGGCCGUCAGCAACCAGCCCCAGUGCCCCAGCGGUCUCGGCUCCGUCAAGGAGACCAACCUCAAGGUCGAGAACAUCCUCUACGGCACUGGCAAGAAGGUCACCGCUCUGUAAAGAGACAAGACAGGAUUGAACAUUUUGGUCUCAUUGAAUGAUGAUCACAAUAGAAGAAACCCGCCACCCUGGUGAAAACCAGGAUGUAUGCCACUCGCUACGACCGAUAUGAAAACUUGGGAAGGAUACAGGAUACAGGAAAAAAGAAGACUUUGUUUUUGCCAUUUCAUUCGCUUCAUGUACAUACUUUGAUGGAAACAAGGUCAAUACCAUUCACAUUACUUC